AUGGAAAACCUGUCUAUGGAAAACCUGUCUAUGGAAUACCCGUCUAUGGAAUACCUGUCUAUGGAAUACCCGUCUAUGGAAUACCCGUCUAUGGAAUACCUGUCUAUGGAAUACCUGUCUAUGGAAUACCCGUCUAUGGAAAACCUGUCUAUGGAAUACCCGUCUAUGGAAUACCUGUCUAUGGAAUACCCGUCUAUGGAAUACCCGUCUAUGGAAUACCUGUCUAUGGAAUACCCGUCUAUGGAAUACCCGUCUAUGGAAUACCUGUCUAUGGAAUACCUGUCUAUGGAAUACCCAUCUAUGGAAAACCUGUCUACGGAAUACCCGUCUAUGGAAUACCCGUCUAUGGAAAACCUGUCUAUGAAUACCUGUCUAUGGAAUACCUGUCUAUAG